AUGUCCUCAGCACCACCAGCAAACGAGGACAGAGCAGCGUUUCACCUGCUCGGACACCCGUUACCUGCUCUGAUCGACCUCGCCUCGACCUCCGGCACCACGGUCGACCUGUUCACGCUUUCCCUGCGCUCGCCCAUCAUGCUCUUCCUCUAUCCAUCCACGUCCUCUCCGCUCCGCGCCACCCCUGCCACCUGGUCCACCAUCCCUGGCGCCACCGGCUGCACGCCACACCUUACCUCGGUCAACGCCCACCUACCCACGCUGCUCGCCAAGGAACCCGAGCUGAAAAUCUUCGGCCUGUCCACUCAACCGCACGCCGAACAGCUCGAAGCAAAGACGCGGCUCGGGUUGAAAUUUGACUUGUUGUCAGACGAGACCGAUGCGCUGAGAGAGGCGCUCGAUAUCCCGUCUUUUGAAGUCGAGGGGAGGAGGUACUUUAGGAGGAUGACGCUGUUGUUGAGGGGUGGGCAGAUAACUAGGUUGGAUUACCCCGUGGAUGUGCCGCAGGAGGCCGCGAGGAGGGCAGAGGGGUUGUUGAGGAGUGAACAGGAGUUGAUGGAUGAGGUCGAGGCAAGGGAUGCGGCGGCGGCGGCGGCACGAGCGCAGGCUCAAGCAUAA